CUCGUUUUCAUUCCAUCAACUCCGCCGCCUUCGCACCUUCAGCCUUCGCCUCACUCUCUUUGCUAUUCUUAGGUCGCCUACACCUUUGGGAUUUUUGUUUAGAGCAACCAGACACUCUUUUUUUUACCUUUAUUUCUUUUAUUUCUUUUAGUCACUGGUUCCCAGUCACACAAACUUCUUUGUCGCUCCUUCAGACCUAAGUCGAACCGAUUUCCCAGUCAACAAAAGAAGGGUUUCUUACCUUUCUUUUUCUAUAUCUUAUUCCUCCCGACUUGUUCUCCAGACGACACUGUAAAAUCAUAACCAAAUAAAGAACCACAAAAUGCGUAACUCGUUCUCCCUUUUCACCGCUCUUGCGGCCGUCGCCGCUGCACAGAACUACCUGGGUUUCAACUCGGGAUCGACCAAGGCCGACUACUCCGUCAAGGUCAAGGCCGACUUCUUGCAAGAGUUCACCACGGCACAGAAUCUUGAGGGCGCCCCCGGCACCUUCAACGCUGUCCGUCUGUACACCAACAUCCAGGGCGGUACCACGGACGACCCCAUCUCUGCCUUUGAGGCCGCCAUUGAGACCAAGACCAAGAUCCUGCUCGGCGUCUGGACCUCGGGCACCACCUCGAUCGAGAAGGAGCUUAACGCCCUUCAAAAGGCAGUCAAGCAGUACGGCCCCAAGUUCACCGACCUUGUCAUCGGUAUCUCUAUCGGAUCCGAGGAUCUCUACCGCAACUCGGUGACUGGCAUGACCAACAAGGCUGGUGUAGGUGCUCAGCCCGACCAGCUCGUUGCCUUCAUCGGCGACUUCAAGAAGGCCUUCAAGGACACCCCCCUCGGCAAGACCCCCGUCGGCCACGUCGACACCUGGGACGUCUGGCCCAACGCGACCAACAAGGCCGUCCUUGACGCCAUCGACUGGGUCGGUGUCGACGAGUACCCCUACUACGAGAACGGCAAGGGCAACAACAUCAAGAACAGCGGUAACCUUUUCGACAAGGCCUUCAACGCCACCAUCCAGGCCGCCGGCGGCAAGCCCGUCUGGGUUACCGAGACCGGCUGGCCCUCGAGCGGUCCCGACUGGGACCAGGCUGUUCCCUCGAUCGAGAACGCCAAGUACUACUGGCAGGAGAUUGGCUGCCGUCAGCUGUUCAACAAGGUCCCCACCUUCUGGUACAACCUCCGCGACAGCAACCCCGACAACAAGCAGCAGUUCGCCAUCACCAAGAACCUGUCCACCAAGCCCCUCUUCGACCUCAAGUGCCCUACCUCCUUCGACACCGACAAGCAGCGCCAGGCCAACAGCCCCAGCAGCAGCAGCAGCAGCAGCGGAAACAGCACUGGUGGUAGCAACAGCAGCACCCCCAGCUCCACCAACGGCUCCUCCAACUCGGGAAGCAACAGCAGCCCCGCUGCCGCUGGCGCCACCUCCAAGGCUCCUAGCAACGCUGCUGGCAUCCUUGAGGUUCUCCCCGUCGCUGCCUACGCUGGUCUUGUUGUGAUUGGCGCGCUUGCCAUGUACUAAGCGGAGAUGCUUUUAUUUCUUGAUACCCAUAGGCCGUUUAGUUUUGGGUGGUCAGUUUGUCAAUUGGUUUAUUUUGUUUAAAUAAUAGAGAAGGAGGUAAAAGACUAGCUUUAUUUUGGGCUGGGCUUUUAUUCGCAGACCUGUUCUUAAAAUACUUGGGUUCCCAAAUGGUUCUUUUACCUGGUCAACAAUAGACCUCGCAUCGAAACCUGCGAGAGGUUUUCAUGGGAAAAUGACAACAUCACAGUAACACAAAUAAUAACCUCCCGUCUUGUUGUGCUUGUGAUCCUAACCUAAUUUCGUCUUAUGAAUGACAACUGCCAUCCUUGCUUUGUCAUGUUGACAGGUUUAGAG